UAAAAUGUCAAAAUGAAGAGAACAUGUCCCGAAACGCAAGUGUUACAUAGCACAAUACAAAUCCCAAACCCAAACUCCAAACUCAGCUGCUUUCCUUUUCCUCAUUCAGUCUUCUAUCCUGUCAAAGACGCCAACUUUGGCGCAGUCUCCCUCACUUCCACAUUCAGACAAAAACUCUCCACAGCCACCAUCGCCUCUCUCUCCUCUUUCCUUUUCCUCUUUACCUUUCCCAAAUAAUAGCCCUAAAAAUCCAACUAGUAUCUUCCACCCCUUUCCCCUUUUCUUUAUUUCUCUACCUUUAUCAAUUUUCAGAUUCUCCUCCACUCUCCAACUCUCCUUAGUUUUCUCACUUUCUGUUUCUCUCUGUCUUUCUUUUAACCAAUCACUACUGCUUACUUAUAACACACCCUCGAAUCAUGGAGUCGCCGGAAACAUUACCGUUUGAGACGGCGGAGAAGAUCAUCCUCCGGUGGGACUCGACUGCGUCGGAGGAAGCAAGGGAGAAGAUGAUCUUCGACGGUGACCGCCAGGAGGUGGAUCGUUACCUCCAGGCCGUGGAUGAAAUCCAACGGUCCAUGUCCUCCGCCUCUAUCUCCGACGACCCGAAGGUCAACUGUGCCCUCCAGAUCGCUAUGGCUCGCCUGGAGGACGAGUUCCGCAACAUCCUCAUCUCCCACACCAACCCCAUCGAAGCCGAUUCACUCAUAGACCCCACUUCCCUCCAUUUUACCACCCCAGAAGACGAAGAAGACCAUGACCAACAACAACAACAACAACAACAACAAGACACAGCUGCUGAUUCUUCCUCAUCGUCCUCCUUUUCCUCAGCUUCAAAGCAACGCCAUCUCAACGACGGAGACAGCAGCGAGGCCGAUGGCUGCGCUAAUCUCUUCCGCUUCAACAGCGGCGACGGUGCUUCCAGCGUGAACAGCAGCUACCGCUCCACUAGCAGCAUCCGGGAGAUCGAUCUGAUACCCUCGGAAGCAGUCUACGACCUCCGCAGCAUCGCGGAGAGGAUGAUCUCGUCCGGCUACCUCCGCGAGUGUAUUCAGGUGUACGGCAGCGUGAGGAAGUCCGCCGUGGACGCCAGUUUCCGGAGGCUUGGGAUCGAGAAGCUGAGCAUAGGCGACGUUCAGCGGCUGGAAUGGGAGCAACUUGAAGCCAAGAUCAGGCGCUGGAUAAGGGCCGCCAAGGUGUGUGUGAGGACUCUCUUCGCCAGCGAGAAGAAACUUUGCGAACAAAUCUUCGAUGGCGUGGGCACCGCCAUCGACGAUGCUUGCUUCAUGGAGACAGUGAAGGGCCCCGCCAUUCAGCUCUUCAACUUCGCCGAGGCCAUUAGCAUAAGCCGGAGAUCCCCUGAGAAGCUCUUCAAGAUUCUUGACCUUCAUGAUGCUUUAAUGGACCUUAUACCGGACAUUGAUGUCGUUUUCGACUCCAAGUCCUCCGAGUCCAUUCGGAUUCAGGCCGCCGAGAUACUUUCCCGUUUGGCGGAGGCCGCCCGAGGGAUCCUCUCGGAGUUCGAGAACGCCGUGCUUCGAGAACCUUCCAAGGUCCCUGUCCCUGGUGGCACCAUUCACCCCUUGACGAGGUAUGUUAUGAACUAUAUCAGCUUGAUCUCGGAUUACAAGCAGACUUUGAACGAGCUUAUUGUGUCGAAGCCAUCCACAGGGUCUCGGUAUUCCGGUGAUCCUUCUACUCCGGACAUGGAUUUCACUGAGCUGGAGGGCAAGACCCCUCUGGCUAUCCACUUGAUUUGGAUCAUUGUGAUAUUGCAGUUCAACUUAGAUGGCAAGUCCAAGCACUAUAAAGAUGCAUCUCUUUCUCACCUCUUUAUAAUGAACAAUGUCCACUACAUUGUUCAGAAGGUGAGGGGCUCCCCUGAGUUAAGGCAAAUGAUUGGUGAUGAGUAUUUGAAGCGCCUCACCGGAAAGUUCCGCCAGGCUGCUACCAGCUACCAGAGGGCAACUUGGGUCAGGGUCUUGUAUUGUUUGAGAGAUGAGGGACUCCAUGUAAGUGGUGGCUUUUCUUCCGGCGUCUCCAGGAGUGCUUUGAGGGAAAGGUUUAAGUCCUUCAAUGCCAUGUUCGAGGAGGUUCAUAGGACUCAAGCUGUUUGGUUGAUACCAGAUUCUCAGCUCCGUGAGGAGCUCAGAAUAUCUAUAUCGGAGAAGCUGAUCCCGGCAUACCGCUCCUUUCUUGGGCGAUUCAGGAGCCAUAUAGAGAGUGGAAGGCAUCCAGAGAACUACAUUAAAUACUCUGUUGAGGACUUGGAAGAUGCUGUUUUGGAUUUUUUCGAAGGAACCCCUGUUUCGCAGCACCUGAGGAGGAGAUCUCAAUGAUGGACUGAAAAUUCUAAAUUGACUUCCACAAAUUAGAUCUUAGGACACAUUCUUUCAAUUUUUUUUUCUUUCCUUCGUGGAGCGUUCAGGUAAUUUGGGUGCACAAGUGCUUCAAGAUUUCUCAAAGAAUGGAAGAGGUGAUUCAUAAUCUCGUUCAAGUUCCUGAAUGCUGCUGCCAUGUUCUUCUGGAGAGGCUAAUGGAGCUUGCAUAGUUGGACGGACCGACUUGAAAUAUUAAAAAUCUUUAGUGACUUUUCAUGGCUUUUUUUUAAUUUUUAUUUUUAAAUAACAAUGAAGAUUGAUUUGGUUGAAUUUGUUAGCCGGAGAUUAAUAGGAAUCUAACACGGGACUAGUUUGCAAGGUUUUGAGAAUUGGCCUGGUUCCACUGAAUGACUGGAUUAUUCGGGAACUGAACAGUUGUCCGAUCCAAUCAUCAUAGGCCUCGCAAAGAAUUGGGAAAAAACAAAAAACAGUUUGAGCUGGUUGAUAACCGGUGAACCGGUUGAGUCAUCUGCGAUUUAGUCGAUUCAACUGGAUGUAAAAAAGUCCCUUAACUGAGACAAACCCUUAAAUGAGAGCAGUCUUCUUUA